CUGACCAAGAAGCCAAGAAACCUAGCAGGACUACAGCCAUUCAAGUCAAUUUAGAUAAAUAGAAUCUAGUGAAACAAAGAGACUUUCAACAGGUCCCUAGGAAUAACUCGUUUGGAAACAGCAACCUUCAGAAUGAAGCCACAGAUUGGAAACCUUAAGGACAGUGAAGGUCAAGUCUGGAACGGGGUCAAGGAGACCAAGACUGGAAGUCGGGCACUACUGGUGGUCGGCGCAUGCGUGUUCCUGGCUUUGAUGACGGCCGCCAUCUUGGGUUCCGUUUAUCUAGGGUACUCCCUUCACCCUCUGGGCUCGGUCGGAAAACAACAGACGUACACGGCGGAUUUCUAUCAGGACGGUCACCACGUUGUCAAGGAGACGUUGGUCAUCACGGAACGUGAAAGCAUGUACGCCGCCACCAACGGCACCGUUGUCAAGGACUAUGAGACAGGUUUUGCGGUGUACAAGAUGGACCACCUCCCAGGAUGCUACCUGACAACGUUCAACAUGAGUGAAAAAGAUAACUACAGCAGCAACAGCCAAAACCAGGUGUCUAUUGAGGUAAAACAGACCCUCAAGCAGCGCUACUCAGUGACGGACAUCACCGUUAAUAGAGCGGUGUUGGGGCCGCAGGCGGCCUCCAUGUGCGCUGGAAGAGAUCUUUACAUGCUCCGACAACAAACAGAUUCCACGAAUGACGUUGCACUGGUGAAGAGAGCGGCGGCGGCGGACCAUGUCAUCAUCAUUUGUUGCCGCUGCGGAGACUGCGUCGUAAUAAUAGUACGAGAACAGUGACCGUAAAGUGUGUUCGUGGAUUUGAGUGAAAAACAAGAAUGCUAACUGUAAUUGAAACUUUUGACUACUAUAUAACUUCAUGUUUUGUUUAUAUAUUUGUAUUUGUAUUUGUUCUUUCUGCAAGCAAUGUAUUGAUGUUUGAUUCAUUGAAUUCUUGUUCUUGAAUAAAUGAAUAGAACGACUUUAAAAUUA